ACGUCCGGCCACGCAUGCGCAGAGCGAUGGAAGCACGCGGAACGUCGAGCGUAUGCGAUAAAUGUCCUUGAAUAAAACUUGCCACCUACGGACGUGACUGUCGCGCGCGUCUUGGCGUCCACAUUAAAUUUUUUUCUCGACGGCAAUACAGCGUAUACAGCCAAUCGUACAGCCCGUGACGCAGAUGUAGCGCGUACAGCGAGUACAGCGAUCCAGCUAGCCAAGACCGCUGGCAGAUGUACGGCGGCAGAAGUACGGCAGUAGGACCGGUGGGACCCAUGACAGAACCACACGCGGCUUAGUGUCGGGGGAGAUCAUGCUCAGAUCGGCGCUGGGCCAGCCGGGCGGUGCGCGGUCUCGCAACGAUGGUUAAGAUCCACGUUCCCAAGGGACCGGUGGAGGCGGCCUACGAGUCGCCGGACGCCAAGAGCUCGCAAUGCCCCGAGAACCACCCCGACUUCGCGACCAUCCGCGUCGUCAGCCGGGUGGUGCUCUUCGUGCUGCACAAGUGCUGGAUGACGUGCGGCGUGUCCUUCGUCACCGUCUUCGUCGUCUACUGGUACUGCAGCAGUGUGCUGGCGCUCCUGCUGCUCUUCUUCUCACUGUCAGGACUGGUGUACCAGCUGGGGGACUGGCUGCUGUACCACCCGGAGCAGCCGCCCCACUCGCGGCUGUACGUGCCCUCCCCGUCCCUGGUGGGGCUGCCCUGCUGGGAGGCGCCCCCCGUGCACACCCGGGACGGCCUGCGCCUGCACGCCCUAUUCGUGCGCCAGCCUCCUGACCGCUUCGGUCAGGCCCCGACCCUGCUGUACCUGCACGGAAACGCGGGCAACAUCGGGCACAGGCUUCACAAUGUGGCCGGGCUGUUCCACCAGUGCGGCUGCAACGUUCUGCUGGUGGAAUACCGUGGCUACGGACGCAGCGAGGGCACCCCAAGCGAAGAGGGGCUGUACCGGGAUGCCCAGGCGGGCCUGGACUUCCUGGCGCAGCACCCGGGGCUGGACGCAACCAAGCUGCUGGUCUUCGGACGUUCCCUGGGCGGUGCCGUGGCCCUGGACUUGGCGUCGCGGCCGGAACAUGCCUGCCGCCUGCUGGGCAUCGUGGUGGAGAACACCUUCUGCUCGGUGCCCGAGGUGGGACGCCUGCUUUUCGGCUGGCUGCGGUGGUUGCCGGACUUUUGCUUCAAGAGCCAGUUCCGGUCCAUUGACAAGGUGCCUCGGGUGAGGGUCCCCGUGCUGUUUCUGUCGGGCCUCUCGGACGCCCUCGUGCCCCCGUCCAUGACCCAGCGACUGUACCAGAAUUGCGGCAGUCCCAUGAAGAGGCUAGCAACCUUCGAGUCUGGGACCCACAACGAGACCUGGCUGUGCAAGGGAUACUACCCCACCUUGAGCCUCUUCAUCAACGACCUCGUGGCGAGGCAGAAGGAGCAGAAGGACGCACCGGAGUGGCCCAGCGACCAGACGUGCAUCCACAUUCCCGCCGACGUCAUCUGAGCCCUCCCGGCUAGGCCCGGGUGCCGCCACCGGCGUGCAACAGGACCGUUCCGUUUCUUCUUCAGUUGGGGGCUACGCUUUGGGACUCCAGUUGUGACAGCUUUGAGAACGUGCCUCUCCAGUCAGGAGGUCGUUUGUACAUAGUUUACGCCGAAACGUAAUAAAGAAGUGCACUCCAUUG